CUUCGUUUGGAAGCAUUGAAUCUAAUCGACACGUGUCUGGACUUCGUUCGCGUUAACUAUUCCUAUAAUUUUGCCCAUAAAUUGCUGGGAAUCGACAGAACCCGCGCUGUCCUCAAAGACGCGGGACAGUUGGGACAGUCGUUCACUUGCUUUCAUUCAAUUCUUUCGUUCUUCGACUCCAAUGCCGAUAUCAAGGAGUUCUCAGAAGAGCGAAGACUUGGAAUGAAAAUUCUCUACAAAUUAUGUGUCUCUCACUAUACUUAUGAGACUGUAUUGAGAUUCUUGAGAACUAGUUAUGACUUUAUUGUCCAAUAUUUACAUUCCUGGGAGAGAAUGGCUUCCGAUUCGGAUUAUAACGAAGAAAUGCAAGAAUUAAUAUUACAAGAGAUGACUUAUUUCUUACGAAUCUUAACCAUUGAUAUCAAGAUAACAUCGGAACAGAACCUCAAGUCUCACUGCGCUUCUUAUGUGAACUUUUUGUUUACCGAAACCAAAAGAGGACGCAUUCUUGACCUCUUGAGCCCCAUAUUGUUUAGUCAUUCGCAUCCAGUUUUGCCAAAUCUAGAGUUCUUUGAACAGAAAGGUUUGUGGAAAGCAAUCAACGAGUGCUCCACUGCUACCAAAUCGGUUGAUCUCAAAGCACUUCAUCAGCGAUUGUUGAAUGAAAUCCGAUUAAUUGGUCCACAACUGGGAGUCAUUCAAACAAAUCUCGUUAGAAAUGAAUUGAAGACUAUUCUGUCAUUUGGCGCCGCUUUGAAUGAAUCGCAACAAAAGCAAAACAUCAAAACCAAAUACUUUGACUCUUGGCGUCAAUUACUAGAGAUAUUGAUUAUAACUCGAAGUCUGGAAUCGUGUGAUGAAGAGUCGAGGAUUAGAUAUUUAAUGGAAAUAAUCAUAGAAUUGAUUAACAGGGCAUCUGAUUCGGCGACAUCUGCCACACUAUUGAGUCCCAUCUCUUCAUCUGUGCUAAUGAUUUCAUCGACACUCUCUGUCAGCAAAUCUCAGGCAUUGACUUCAAAUGUGUCCACUUGUUUGAAGUCGAUUCUAUCGAUUCUGGACUCUUCUUCGCCGGUCGUAUGGAGUGAUCAGAAGAUAACUCGAAUCAAUUUCUAUGCAUCGCUUCUCUAUUUAUUCCGUUCGCUUCCAUUCAAUCUGUUUAAUGAAUUCAAAUACAAUAACAGACUUUUAGAGCGUCUCUCCAAAGAUAUGCUUUCGGGACACGAAGUGGCGAAAGUGUUAUCUAUAUCUCUGCUCAACAGAACUGAUCUCUCCAUUUGGUUGAACGAGAUCUCAUCGAAUGGCACAUUAAGACAGCUGUUAGAGACGUUAUUGUCCGACGACCGCGAGAUUCGGGCCAAUAAUUUUGAGUUUAUAAAAACAUUUUAUGGCUUCGAAGCAAAAAUGAUGCUUUUGCUGCAAAUCUAUUCAUCAUCUAAUGUCACGCAUUCACCGAUCAAUACGUUAGAUGUGAUGUCAGCCCUCGAGUCGAUCCAGAGUUUUGAUAUGUAUCCGUAUUUAGUCGGACAGAACUCUGUUUGCCAUAAAUUGUCUGAGUUUAUCAACUGUCGGACCACUCUAUCAGAUAUCCUCCGAAUGGCCCCAAACUUGAAAAAUACUGUCGAAGGAAAGGAAGUGUUAGUAUUGAUAACGAAAGUGAUUUGUCGUCUCGUUUCCAAUAUCAACAAAACCACACAAAUCAGUUUCAUUGGUCUUCUCUCCCAUUAUUACAAUGAUUUGUCCACUUCUGAUGACUUGGAGAUUGUGUUUAAUAUCCUCUUUGGUUGCAUUCAAUUUAGUCGAACAAAUGCACUUUUACCACUGUUCGAACCGAGUCUAUCAAAUCAGGACUCAAAACUCAUAUCACAUCAACCGUUAGGUCUAUUGGUUUCCAUUAUAAACAAUUGUUGUGUCAAAUCAAACGAGAGUCUAAAUGUGUUGCCAAUCGUGGAGUCGUCUCUUUACCUUCUGUGGCAUCACUUGAAUCUAUUCUUCUCUGUACUCAAUAUCGCGGACGAAAGGCAACCAGAAGUGGAGACAUUGAAGGCUGAAUCCGAAUAUAUAUUGAGUGAUGUCUUCUUCUCUAAAAUACAAGUCAUAUCACAGAAGAAUACAUUUGUGGACGCAUUGACGGUGACCGCAGAUACUGAGGACAACGAAAUGGUUGCCAUCAAUGAUGAGGCGGAUGUGGAUUCCGGUGACGACAAGGAAGAGGUGUCUAAAUUAAAACUGAAGGGCUCUUACCGUCAGAAGUAUAAGAGGGCCUGGGAGUUGGACAACGAGCUCAGGGGUAGGUCUCUGUCCAACCCUUACACGGACUGGUUGUCUCCGUUCACGGGUGACCCGUAUUCAGCGUUUUGCAGGACCUGUCACUCCAAACUUCACGCCCACAAGAAGGGACUCUUAGCCCACGCGAAGUCAUCCAAACAUAAGAAACACUCAUUGAAUCCAGAGGAACCAUUGAAUACAGAGACCGGAGAAAUACCGAAUAACUCGACAAAAGCUCUUUGCGUGGCCUGUCGUUCGGUGAUAACCGCCGGCCGAAGCGAACUCAUUAAACACAGUCAGGCGGCCAAACAUAAGAAGGCUAUUUUGGACGGCAUUCCCGAAGACCUCGGAGAGUUUGACUUUGAUUGGUUGGACCCGUCAUACGUACCGCCGACCGGAACCACAACUAACGUAACGCUGACCACAACUCCCACUCUCGCCUUCAGCGCCAAUAUAACGACUCAACAAAUGAAUUCAAAUAAUCAUUUGAUGAUUGGUUGGACCCGUCAUACGUACCGCCGACCGGAACCACAACUAACCGCCAAUAUAACGACUCAACAAAUGAAUUCAAAUAAUCAUUUGAUCGAAACUCUGGGAAUGAAUUUGACUGAUAUUAUACACCAUUUACAAGAAUCAGUUCCCAUUCAUUUGGCCGAAAAGUGGGAUAACGUCGGACUUCUCACACAACCGACACAACCCCUCAAAGUCCAUAACGUGCUGUUGACCAUCGAUUUGACCGAAAAGGUGGUCGAAGAGGCGCUGAAGAAGCGCGUGAAUCUGAUUAUAUCAUAUCAUCCGCCGAUUUUUAAGCCAUUGAAGAGUUUGGUUCCCAACCAUUGGAAGGAAAAGAUUAUAUUGACGUGUAUUGAGAAUAAAAUAGCCAUAUAUUCGCCGCACACAGCGCUCGACGCCAUCAAAGGCGGGAUCAAUGACUGGCUGUUGACCGCAUUCGGCUCAUCCCAGUCGUCGCCCAUUCAACAGAGUUAUUCAGAUCAGGUCGGGAGCGGACACUUCUCCAACUGUUUGGAUGUUCUCGUCUCCGAAGGCGAAGACGUCACACAAGCGUUGAGUGGUUUAGAAAAUGUAAUUUUGACGGUUAAGAGCAACGAAUACGGCGGAUGUGAUGUCAGGGUUUGUUGCGACGACAAGACACUGCCAAAAGUGGUGGACAUUCUGUCGCAACAUCCGGUCGCACAGCUCUGCAGCAGAAUUACAAAACUUCAAUCCCCACCACUUCCCGGUCAAGGAAUGGGUCGAUUCGCACGACUCGAUCAACCGCUUCCUCUCUACGAAAUUGUUCACAGAAUUAAACAACAUUUGGAUCAAACGCACGUCAGACUAGCCAUGUCUCACAAACACACCAGAGACACCAAAGUGAGCACAAUAGGCGUGUGCGCGGGUUCGGGCGGUAGUGUUCUCGCCAACUGUAAGGCCGACGUCUGGAUAACGGGAGAGAUGUCUCAUCACGAAGUGUUGGACGCCAUACACAACGGCUCUUCGGUCAUACUCUGCGAACACACCAACACUGAGAGGGGUUUCCUCAAGCCGUGGUCGGAACAGCUCAAAGAAGUGUUGGGUCAGCACAACGUCAAUAUCAUGCUCUCCGAUGUGGACAAAGACCCGCUUAGAGUCGUC